AUGAACGCUAGUGACGAUGUAUAUCCAUAUCUAAUAGAAUCUCUUUUAUUGUCUGGUGGGUUUGAUCAUUCGCAACCGUCCUCUGCCUUGCUUUGGAAGUUGUGUCCUAUGGUGGCAGUUAAUGUUGAUCUGGAGAGGGGAGAUAUAGCCGGAUGUUUGGCCAUGUUAGAUUCACAAGUUAAGCGAUUGGGCGAUUCUGCGUAUCCUGAUCGGAAGAUUAUGCGACUGGUUUGUGCUUAUUUAGCCUUGGGGAAGAAGAAGAGGGCCGUGGAUGUACUAACUCAGUACGUAGAUGAAAGAAAAGGGCCGAAUCCGGAACUGGAAAGAAUGAAGGUUGUGCUGGAGGGCCGGGUGUGUUAUGAGCAGAAGAGUUUGACGGGUUGUAAGCUUUGGGUCACUUCGGCUUUUAGGUGGUUGGAGCGAUCAUUUGACUUUGGAAUUAUGAUGUUGCUGCUGCGCAUUUUGCAAGAGUUCUUAAUGGUACCAGAAGCUGAAGCUCUAGCCCGAGUAUUUGCAGUGGUUAAAGUGGAUAGUUUGGAGUACUUGGAGACAGCUGGUCAGUCACGAGAUUUAGAGUUACUGGUUAAGUAUUUGAACGGUCGGGGCCAGAAGAGUGUGGUGGCUACCAAGGUGUACUUACGGCGCAAUCCUAUGGCUGCCAAAGCAACUAUUAAGGCCUAUAUGACCGAUACUAAAGAUGUCGAUACUUUACAGUAUAUUUUGGAGCGACGGCAGGUUCCAGAACUAUGGUCACUUGCUAGGCAAAUGGGCAUCGAUUAUGGUCUAGUUCAGACCAAGCAAAAAGGAUUUGACUGGAGCAGUGCACUAUCUAACCUAUCCAAGCGACUAAAUACUUCAGCAGCACAUGCAGCCAGCCAUCUUAACUACCUAACCAUAGAAGAUCUCAAACAAGAAUAUGGCAUUUCCGAAGAUGAAUCUGAUGACAUCUGA